AUGCCUGCCACACCUCCUGGUUUGGAAGCUAUCUACACAUCAUGUCGGAGACUUUAUCCAAAUCAACCCAACCCCCUACAAGUCACAGCUCUAGUCAAAUAUUGGUUAAAUGGUCCAGAUCCUUUAGAUUAUAUCAGUAUGUAUUCAAAUAGUGGAGAUCCAGAAAGAAACAUUCCUCCCCACUGGCAUUACAUUAGUUUUGGUCUCUCAGAUUUACAUGGUGAUGGCAGAGUUCAUGAAAGUUCAGCAACAGAAGGUCCCAGUGGUUAUGGAUUUGAAUUAACAUUUAGAUUAAGAAGGGAACCAGGAGAAAAUAACCCUCCAACUUGGCCAGCAGCAUUGAUGCAAUCUUUAGCUAGAUAUGUUUUCCAAUCAGGUAAUGUUCUAUGUACUGGUGACCAUGUUUCCUGGCACAACCCACUAGAUGGUAGUGAGUCUCGGAUACAACAUAUGUUAAUGUCAGAUGAUUCCCAGUUACAGCCCAUCAAUACACCAUUUGGUAGUGUCAACUUUGUACAGAUAGUAGGUAUAUGUAGUGAAGAGUUAAGAGCAGCACAACACUGGAAUGGACCUGGUGUUAUAGAGUUGUUAAGAUCUAAGGAAGUUGCUGGAGGACCAUGGUUAAUAACAGAUAUGAGAAGAGGUGAAACUAUAUUUGAAAUAGACCCAGAGUUACAGGAGACAGUAGAUCAAGGUAUAGAACAAGAAGGUUCUAAUCUAUCUGGUGUCAGUAAUCGCUGUUCGUGGGAGGAACCUGAUUCAGAACAAAUCAAAGCAACAUUAACAAAAGGUUUAAGUACCAGUCAUAAUAAUCUACAUAAUCCAUUACGAUCAGAGAACACCAGGGAUAAUGAAUCUCAUCCAAAUACCAAUCAAUCCCGUAAGGAAUCAUUUGAUAGUACAGUUAGUGAAGGUCCUGCUGAAUUAACUCGUACUAGAACUCUUGAUGCUAUUCAUCUCAAAUUCAAUCUAGAAGCUGGUUUAUUAUUACCUUUAGCACUUAGGGGUAGAUUACGUCAUGGUAGACAUUUUACAUUUAAAAGUGUAUUAAAUGAUGUGGCUAUAACACUAGUAUCAUCCAGUGUAGUGGGAUCAUUUGCUGAUGAGGAACAUCCAUUUGCUGCCCAUGGCAUGUGGUUACAGGUAUUAUUAACAGAUGAUUUUAUAGAAGAAAUGAUCCAUGAUUUAGAUGAAUUAACUAAUGAUGAUAUAUUAUGUCCUAAAACAUACAGCUGGCCAGAGAGAGGAUUGUGUAUUACUGUAUUGCCUGAUGAAAUGUAA